AUGGAAGACACAGAUAUGGGAGGAAACAUUUGGGAAUGCUGGGACAGCGAGAAAGAGGGGUCGAAAUGGCCCCAGCUGAAAGUCUCAAAGGAGGAGCAUGAGAGCCUAUGCCAACCAUGGAAACAAACCUUGAUAGUGAAAGUCCUUGUCAGAGUUCGAAACCCAGAUGACUACAACACCAUUGUGUCAGGGGGGCCAUGGAUAGUCGCUGGGCACUACCUCACCAUGAGAAAAUGGAAACCCUUGUUUCGCCCAUGUCAGGCAUCUAUCACAUCAACAGCUGUGUGGGUAAGAUUUCCUGGACUUCCCAUUGAAUUUUUUAACAGGGCAAAACUCACUGAAGCCGGUAAUCUUCUAGGAAGAACAAUUAAAGUUGACAAACCCACUGACAGUUCAUCUAGAGGAAAAUAUGCUAGGGUCUGUGUUGAGGUGGAAUUAGGAAAACCGUUAAUAGGUGGAAUUAUGGUUGGUACCUUUUGGCAGAAAGUGGAAUAUGAAGGUCUUGAUGAGAUCUGCUUUGAUUGCGGCAUUUAUGGCCAUAAAACUAGUGAGUGCCAUCAGAGAAUCUUUAAAGCUAAUAAUGAGACAACACCACCACAUGAAUCUGAUGUUGCUGUAGUGGAAAACCAAGGGCACAAUCAAGAAGAUCCCCACCAAAAACCCCAAUUUGGGCCAUGGAUGCUAGUCCAAAAAAGAAACAAGAAAUCUCCAAACAAGGGUGUCGCUUCGUCGAGCAGAAUUGGUACUACUGGUGAAGGGUCCAGAUUUGCGCCAUUGGAGACAUUAGGGGAAGAAGAUGCAGGAAACUCAGGGAAGACUCCUGUUGACAAACCUAGCGUGAACAACAUAACGCCCGACAACAACAAGUUUUCAAUUGGAAACCAACAAGCGAACCCUACCAUCUACAAGAAGACAACCAGAGUGAAAUCUAGGUCAGUUGUUCCCACCCCAACCAACUUGGAUUUGAGUAAAGUCCCUGUUCCCCCAGCUUUCUCUAACAUCCCCUAUCCUUCCUCAACACUCUCACCCUCUUCCUCAACCGUCAACCCCUCAUCAGUUCCUUCUCCACCAACUCUAGAAAGCAACCCGCCAAAGGUGAAUACCAAUGAACCUGCCGACAGUGACCAGAUCCAAGUUGAUACAUCCACCGUGGCUAACAUGGAUUGGUCCGAUCCGGGAGAACCCCGAACUGAUCCUUCCCCCAGCGAUUGUAGACGAGAUUGUGAUGAGGAUGGAACCGAAUCCCAACGCCCCACCGGCUCUUGUGGAGACCUCGAUUUCUCUCCCGCUUCGAUGGUUAAGGAGAGUGGAUUCCAAGUUAAUAUCAGAAGGAAGGAAGGAAAUCUGCGUCUUACCACGGUUUAUGGUAGUCCUACUCCUUCGAAUAGGGAACAGUUGUGGGAUACCUUAAAGGAACUGGGGGAAAGCAGCAAUGAUUCGUGGGUGGUAGGUGGUGAUUUCAACGAAAUAGCAGCAGCGAGUGAGAAGUAUAACUUCAAGGAUUCAGAUUGCCAGUCUCAAACCCUUCGGUUUGAAAAUGCUUGGAUGACUGAUCCUGACUUCAAAACCAUUCUCAAACAGAGUUGGGAAAAUCAUGAUGCUCCCAUACAAAGCAAGCUUACGAAAUUUGCUGAAGUGGUGAGGAAAUGGAAUAAAAGCAGCUUUGGAAAUAUCUUUCAAAAGAAGAAGAGAUUGCUGGCAAGUCUAAGAGGGAUCCAAAAGGCUCGCUGUAAUGGUGAGAACCCUUUCCUAGUGGCACUUGAGAAGGAAUUACAACAUGAGUACAGUGAAGUUUUGAGACAAGAAGAAUUGUUAUGGUUCCAAAAAGUAAGAACUAAGUGGAUUCAGUCUGGGGAUCGCAACACAACAUACUUUCACACACUUGCUCUUGUCAAAAGAAGCCGAAAUAGAAUUAGAUCCUUGAAAGAUUCAGAAGGUAAUUGGGUGAAUGACCAAGCAACGAUCAAAAGAAUGGCAGUGCAGCACUACAAGACCUUGUAUACUGAAUCAUUAGAGGAAAGCUUGAGGCCUGACAUCUCAGUUACCUUUCCCAGGCUUGAAGUGAAUGAAAUUGAAGAACUUCACAAGCCAGUGGACGAUGACGAAGUGAAAGAAGCUAUGUUCAGUAUAGGGCCUCACAAAACCCCAGGGCCAGAUGGGUUUCAAGCUUGCUUUUUUCAACAGAAUUGGGACACUGUGGGCGAAGCAGUUACCAAGAGUGUGAAGGAAGCUUUCAGUUCUGGCGAGCAUCCUUCUAAAACUUGUCAUGAAUUGCAUCCAAACGACUUCAUUUCAGAUUUUGUGGAAUGGCGAAGCUACCGAGGAAUUCAAGCCAACAAGGGGAUUACGACAGGGAGAUCCCUUUCCCCAUAUUUGUUUGUUUUGGGUAUGGAAAGGCUAUCUCAUAUUAUACAGCAUAAGAUCGCCAUGAAACAAUGGAAACCAGUGAAAAUUAGUAAGAAUGGCCCACCUAUUUCUCACUUAUUUUUCGCUGAUGACCUUGUUCUUUUUUCAGCUGCUACCCCCUGCCAAACCAAAAUUGUCAUGGUGGCUUUAAAGGAAUUCAAUCUUUGGACAGGGCAAUCUGUAAGCCUUGCCAAAUCCAAGCUAUGUGCAACCAAGAACACAAGAAAAAUGGAUGCCAAGAACCUGAGCAACCAAACAGGCAUUCCCCUCACUUCUGACCUGGGGAAAUAUCUAGGUGUCCCACUCAUUCAGGGCAGGGUAUCUAAGAAAACUUAUUGGCAUACUGUGGAGAGAGUGCAAGAGAAAUUUGCGAGCUGGAAAAUUAACCACUUGUCUCUAGCAGGUAGAACAGUUCUGAUCAAAUCCGCAGCCUCACCAGUCCCAAUUUAUACUAUGCAAACAGCGAGACUUCCUCUCUCUGUAUGCGAUGAGAUUGAUAAAAGAAGUAGGGGGUUUCUUUGGGGUAGUUCUGCAGAGAAAAGAAAGAUCCACUUAGUUAAUUGGGAGCAAGUGUGCAAGCCAAAAAACCAAGAAGGGUUGGAUUCCGAGCUUCAAGAGAUGUCAACCUGGCUUUACUUGCAAAGAUGGGAUGGCGACUCAUGGAAGAAAAUGAAUAAACUAUGGGCUAGAGUGAUGACCAGCAAAUACCUCAGGAAGAAGGAAUUUUUGAAAGUUGAAAACAAAAAUGGAGGCUCCUUCGGAUGGCGUAGCAUUUUGGCUGGUAGGGAAACAUUGUUAAAGGGGCUCAAAUGGAGAGUGGGUAAUGGUAAUCUGAUUAAUUUUCUGCAUGACAAAUGGGUCUCGGACAAUAAACUUAUUGAUACUGUCGUUGGGUUGAUUGGUAAUUGGCCUUGGAGUUUGAUAUUUGCUGUCACAGCGUGGAGAAUUUGGAAAUGGAGGAAUGAAGGGUGUUUUGCCAAUAAGAGCUAUACUGUCUCCACCAAACUAGCUAUUAUUGGGAAGAUACUCAAGGAGGCAACAGAUUUUUCCAACCGCAAAAUGGGCCAACACAUGAGGAGGGAAGUUCUCAUUGGAUGGGAAAAACCGAAAGAGGGACAAGUCAAGAUCAACACUGAUGGAAGCUGGUUUCAAAGAACUAAUGAAGCUGCAGUUGGCGGUGUGGUUAGAGGUUCUUGCGGGGAGUGGCUUCUGGGAUUCUCUCAGUCUGUGGGUGAAUGCUCCAUUGACUUGGAAGAACUUUGGGACAUACUACAAGGUCUUUCACUCGCCUGGAGCAGAGGGUUUAAUGAUAUUGUUGUGGAAAGUGACUCUGCUACUUCAGUUGACAUGAUUAAAAAGGGUGUGAAUAAAAACCACCCUCAUUUUUGCAUCAUUGCUGCUAUCCAGGAUUACCUUUCUAAGGAGUGGACUUGCCAAUUGCAUUACAUCCCGAGGGAAAAUAAUUUUGUGGCGGAUUGGAUGGCUAAGAAUAGCAGCGGCAGACAUGAAGGAAUCAUGAUUUAUAAUACCCCACCAGCUGGGGUGCUCAACUUAUUGAUUGCAGAUGCUGUGGGCGUGGCUUUCCCCAGGAUGGUUACUUAA